AUACAACGAAUCGUUUAGAGUUUUGAAGUCGUAGUACGGCGUGGUACAGUGAACGCCACCGCGCAUGCGCGUUGCGUAACUACUUAUUCGGACGUAUAUGUAGAUCUUCACAGACCCUCGGAUCCACAGAGACUUUACUAUCGUCACCAUUUGCUGACCUGACAGUAGUUGGUGGGCGAUGAUGAGAGCGGUGUGUGUAGACAAACCAGGAGGACCAGAGAACCUGCUGCUGCGAGAUAUUCCCAGACCUGGACCUAAAGAUGGAGAAGUUCUGAUUAAGGUUCAUGCAACUGCUCUCAACAGGGCAGAUUUAUUACAGAGGCGAGGGCUGUACCCAGUCCCCCCAGGUGAGAGUGAUGUCAUCGGCCUGGAGGUGGCCGGCACUGUGGAGAGUCUGGGUCCUGGAGUGAAGAAGGGCUGGAAGGCAGAGGACAGGGUGAUGGCCCUGCUGGGUGGAGGAGGAUACGCAGAAUAUGUGGCUGUGCCCGAGGAGCUUCUCAUGCCAGUUCCAUCCAACUUCACCUUCAGCCAGGCAGCAGCAAUCCCAGAGGCCUGGCUCACUGCUUUCCAGCUACUGGUUUUUGUUGCUCAGGUGAAGGAGGGCGAGGUGGUGCUGGUCCACGCUGGGGCCAGCGGAGUAGGAACGGCUGCUGUUCAGCUGGUUCGUCUGUUUGGUGCCGUGCCCAUCGUUACUGCCGGCAGCCAGCAGAAACUGAAGAUGGCCGAGGAGCUGGGAGCUGCCGCUGGGUUUAACUACAACGAGGAAAACUUUGCACAGGCAGUUCAAGGCUUCACAGGAGGAAAGGGAGCAAAUGUAAUUCUGGACUGCGUCGGUGGCUCUAACUGGGAGCAGAACGUGAGCUGCUUAGCCAUGGAUGGCAGGUGGGUGCUGUACGGCACCAUGGGUGGGAGGGCGGUAGAUGGAGAUCUGUUGGGAAAGCUUCUGUUCAAGCGAGGUCACCUGCUCACCAGCCUCCUGCGCUCUCGCAGCCUUCAGUACAAAGCGGACCUGGUGAAGGCUUUCUCAGUCAGAGUGUUGCCAUGUUUCUCAAACCAGGCUGCCUGCUUGAGGCCAGUGAUUGACAGCACAUUCAGCCUGGAGGACGUGGCUGAAGCUCAUCGGCACAUGGAAGCCAACAAAAACCUGGGGAAGAUCAUUCUUAAUGUGAUUCCAUAGCAUCUGGAAAAUCACGGUUUACAAGUGGCAUUUUAACACUAUGUCAUGCGAUCUGAGAUGUGAAACACUGUGAUACUGUAGUUACUCUUACAAACGAAGUGCAGCAUCUUCUGCAUUCAACUCAUAGUGCAACAUUGAUGAUCACCAUUUACAGCAUGUUUCCUAUCAGUACUUUCCUAGUGAGUCUGCGUAAAACCUUUAUGCAUCAAUAUUUAAUAUUAAACCAUAAACAAUAUGGUUUAUACAGUACAUGCCUCAAUUAUUCUGCCACAUUUGUUCAUAAAAUAAACGACUAACACCUGUUAAAAGUUUCAUUUUCACUGCAUUCAGAGCUGUGAUUUAUUUAUUAAGUCUUUUUAUGUUUUCAUAUUUACAGACAUACUGUAUCAGUCAUUAGUGCAGUUACAGUACACUUUUCAAAUUAAAUCCCAAAUAUUUAUGUAGUUAUCAGAUUCAGAUUAACGGCAGGAAAUAUAAUUGACAAAUAAGUUAUAACAUUUGAAGAAAUUGUUUUGAUACCAAUGUGGAAAUUACAACUACUCACCAACGUUAAAUAAAGUUAUAAAAGUUAA